UUUUAGUUUCAUGCAUACGAAAAAUCGAAAUAUUUAAAUAAAUAAGAAUUAAUAUAACUAGUUAAGUAAAUAGAGUUAUAAAUGGAUCGCUUAUGUUCAUCGAUUCUUCAAACUAUAUGGCGUCCCACGAUAAACAUUGUGAGAACACGAUAUCAUGCUGACAAGACUCGUCUGGUAAGAAGAUACGGAUAUGAAGAGAAAAUGUGGAGUGGUGGUCUGUUACCGCGAGUAGAAGGAAAACGUUUACCAAUGCCUGAAUAUAGACCGAAAAAUGCAUGGUCAGAGAAAAGGGCACUGUUUGGACAGAAUGACUACAUUGAUAUACUCGGUACUGGUGAACUGCACCCAGUUAGGACUCUGUAUUCAGUACCAUCCUGGAUAAGAGGCUUCAGCGGCAAAGAGUACCAUGUGAUACUAAGGAAAAAGAAAAUGUUUGCUAAGACAGCUGCACCAGUUGUCCGACCGACAAAAUGGAAGGAAUACCAGAAACGACUUUCUUAUUUGUACAGAAUACUCAAUAGGAAAACUAAAACAGGAAAAUCAUCCCAGUAGAAUUAAGUUUGUUUACAUAGUUGAAUCUUAGUUAAUUAAAAAAAAAUGAAACAACA